ACUCAGUGGAGUCUUAUCGCAAACACCUGGCUUAGGUAGCUGUCCACAACCUAAAGUCCAAUCCAAAUUUAAUCUUAAAAAAUAUCAAGGGAUAUGGUAUGAGUUGCGACAUAGCAUUCCAAAUAUGUAUGAACUGUAUUCAAAAUGCACUACCGCUAAUUACACAUUAGACGAUUACGGUUUUUUGAUCGCCGAAAACCGACAGUUUUCAACUGUAAAUCGAUUUCAAACACAAAUAAUAGGAAAUGCGACUAUUGACAAAGAAAAUUGUGGUGAAGAUUCACCAGAAUGUGGUAAAUUAAUCAUUGGAUUUCCAUCGGCUUAUACCGGUAAGACAAUCGGUCCUUAUUGGGUGCUGGCUACGGAUUAUGGUUCUUUUGCCACUGUUUGGAGCUGUACAGAAUACGGUUCAUAUCAUUUCAAAUAUGUUUGGAUUUUGGGAAGACAAGAACAUCCAGCGACAUCAGUUGUCAAAGCUGCAAUGCGCAUUUUGAAAAUAAACGGAAUAAAUGAUAUACCUAUGGCAGACACAAAUCAAAAUAAUUGCCCUUUAAAAAUGUAAUAGUUUAUUAUUUUUACCAUCAUUAUUUAUUUUAAAUCCAUCGAGUCUGUUCUAUUCCUACCGCAAC